CUCAUCAUCAAGAAAACUAAAAAACUACCCUUUUUUUGACCUCUCAAAAAAUUCCCCACACAACAAAAUCAAAACACAUCUCCUCAAAAAGUCUCCAAUUUUGAAUGUUAGUUCCAUUUUUCUCACUUUCUCUCACAUCACGUGCAUAGCACGUGACUACCCAAGAUCUCACUGGCUUCAACCGGUGAUACUUUCCGGCGACACCCUUUACCUUCCUCUUUAAUGGGUCUUAACCCGAUUGUCAUUUCCGGGUCGACCCGAACCCGACCCGGAAACAACAAGAACAAGAAUGAUUAUAUUUGUGGUGGUGGUGUUAGUUCAUAUGGGGUUGUGUUUUUUGUUGUGAUGUUUGUAGUUUUGGGUUCAAUUUCGGGUCUUUAUGUUCGGUUUAUGAUGACCCGAAAUGUUCAUUCGGUUCUAUCGGAUAUUGGUUGUAAAGAAGAUGAUGAAGGUUCUUGGUCAAUUGGUGUUUAUUAUGGUGAUUCUCCUUUUAAUCUCAAACCAAUUGAAGAUAUGAAUAUAUGGAGGGACAAGAGUGCGGCAUGGCCAGUAGCCAAUCCUAUUAUGACCUGUUCUUCAGCUUCUGUGGCUGGUUUCUCCAGUAAUUUUGUUGCUGACCCCUUUCUUUAUGUUCAGGGAGAUGUCUUUUACCUGUUCUUUGAAACAAAGAAUUCAAUCACAAUGCAAGGGGAUAUUGGAGUUGCGAGAAGUAUUGACAAGGGAGCAUCAUGGGAGCAGUUAGGUAUCGCUUUGGAUGAAGACUGGCAUCUGUCUUAUCCAUAUAUCUUUGACUAUAAUGGCAAAAUAUAUAUGCUGCCUGAGGGCCGAGCAAAAGGACAACUUCGUCUUUAUCGAGCUGUAAAUUUUCCCAUGGAAUGGACGCUGGAAAAGAUCAUAAUGAAAAAGCCUCUUGUUGAUUCGUUUAUCAUUCCACAUGAUGGGAAAUACUGGCUAUUUGGUUCAGAUCAUAGUGGUAUUGGUGCAGAGUAUAAUGCUCAGUUGGAAAUAUGGUACAGUAGCUCACCGCUUGGUCCUUGGAGACCACAUAAGAAAAAUCCUAUCUAUAACACAGAUAAGAGCAUGGGAGCCCGAAAUGGAGGUAGACCGUUUUUAUUUGAUGGUUAUCUUUAUCGUGUUGGCCAAGAUGACGGUGAAACAUAUGGGCGGAGGGUACGUCUCUUCAAAAUAGAAGUUUUGACCACUGAUAAUUUCAAAGAAGUUGAAGUCCCAUUGGGCCUUGAAGAGUCAAUUAAGGGAUUAAACGCCUGGAACGGGGCCCGCAGCCAUCACCUCGAUGUGCAACGAUUAAGCUCCGGAGAGUGGGUUGGAGUUAUGGAUGGCGAUCGAGUGCCUUCGGGAGAUGCAAGUCGACGUUUUCAUUUAGGUUGUGCAUCAGUCCUAGGUGUUGCAGCCCUGGUUAUACUGUUCGGUGUUUUACUCGGAGCUGUUAAAGGUUUAGUUCCGUUAAGGUGGUGCCCGCAUAAUGUUGGAAAGAGGAGUGAUUCUUUGUUGGAUCGGGAAGAAUCAAACGUGUUCUAUUCUAAAAUGAGACUGUUCUGCAGCCACUUAAAUAGAGCAAUACUUCGUGCCAGAAUAAAACCAAAUACCUGUAGUGGAGGCUUGGUUCUUACUUUAAUAUUUUUAGUAUCAGUUGUCUUAAUGUGUACUGGAGUUAAAUACUUAUAUGGAGGGAGCGGCGCGCAUGAGGCUUACCCGUUGCAUGGCCAGUACUCUCAGUUCACUUUAUUGACAAUGACCUACGAUGCUCGGAUCUGGAAUCUGAAAAUGUAUGUCAAGCAUUACUCAAGAUGUUCUUCGGUGCGUGAAAUUGUUGUUGUGUGGAACAAAGGACAACCUCCAGAAUUGAGCGAAUUUGAUUCUGCAGUGCCAGUAAGGAUUCGAGUAGAGGAAAAAAACUCACUAAAUAAUCGAUUCAAGGUUGACCCUUCCAUAAAGACAAGAGCUGUUCUUGAGCUUGAUGAUGACAUUAUGAUGCCUUGUGAUGAUGUUGAACGAGGAUUUAAGGUAUGGCGUGAGCAUCCUGAGCGAAUUGUAGGGUUUUACCCCCGGCUAGCAAAUGGAAGCCCGUUGAAAUACCGGGCUGAGAAACAUGCUCGGAAGCACAAUGGAUACAAUAUGAUUCUUACCGGAGCAGCCUUCAUGGACAGCAAAAUGGCUUUUGAAAAAUACUGGAGCAAAGAGGCUGACGCUGGUAGGGAAGUAGUGGACAAUCUUUUUAAUUGCGAGGAUGUGCUGCUAAACUACUUGUAUGCAAACGCAAGUUCUUCAAGUACUGUCGAAUACGUGAAACCUGCAUGGGCAAUCGAUACUUCAAAGUUUACUGGUGUCGCGAUUAGCAAGAAUACGCAGGUUCACUAUGGACUUCGGAGCAGUUGCCUUCAAAAGUUCUCUGAAAUGUAUGGGAGCAUAACGAAUCGAAAGUCAGAAUUUAACUAUCGGAUGGAUGAUUGGGAUGUAUAGCUAGAAGAAAAUUAUUCUAACAUCUGAUUGAAGUUAGCAGCUUUUUUUCCUUCUUUUUUCAGUCUUUCUUGUUGGUAUAAUUUUGGUUUGAUGAUUUGUCAGCUUUCCUUUACCCCUUCUGUUGUGAAUUUUGCUAAGGGGAGGGACUUCAGUUUUAAGUUAGUUUAUCAGUCUUAAGUGUACAUUAGUUUAGAUGCAUAUGUUGAUAGUUCUUUGUCAUCCUUCUAUCAGAAUUGAAGAUGUAUUUUCACUAAAA